AUUCCCUUAGAACUACAGUAGCUAAAAAUAGUCUUCUUUUAUCUAACUGAUUAGAUAACUGCUUGGUUAGCCCCAGCCCCACCAACAGAGCAGCAUGGCUUCCGGUCCGUCAGUGCUAUCAGACUGUGUUCCCAUAGACUCAUACUCCUGAAGCCAUCUUUGAUUCUCUCCUUCUGCAUCGACAUAAAGGCCACUCUUAAUUUUGGCACUGUGGCUUGGAUGUGCCCUCUCUACACCCACUGGCCUUCCAGGGUGUUCUUUCGACUCAUUUUGCACAAGGUUAUUAAUCUUUCUAAGCACACCAUUCUCAUCACAUCCUCACAUAGCUACACAGGGGUUACCAGUUUGCCCAGUAAGUCACAUCAAAUCGAAAUGCGUCAGCCUUGUCUUUCAGAUCAACACCACUGUUCCUAGAAAACGUAUUGCUUUCUGCUCCCCCCUCAGCAUUACAAUUACUCUUUCUAAUCUUGCUCUGGCUACCUUGUGUCUCUACGUUAGCUCAUGCUUUUUCUCUUUGCCUAAUAUACUCUUAGGAGCCCCGGUGGCACUGUGAGCUAGGGCUUGGGCUGAAAAACACAAGGGCAGUGGUUCCAACCCAUCAACCGCUCUCUGGGAGAAAUAAGAGAGAUCUGCCCUGGUGAAGAUUUUGAUAGGGUCAUUAUGAGUUGGAAUUAACCUGACGACAGUGGAUCUGGGUUUUGGGGGGAAUACUCUCUUGCUCCAUUUCUUUUACAAUUCCAAAGCCAACGUGGUCCAUGUAAGCUCCCUUUGCAGUAAAUAUUACAUGAAGAGUCUCCCCGAAGUAGCAUUCCCUCACUGCAGCCUUUCUUGUCUGUGCUACAUCUGGGAACUGUUUGUAGCUUCCCAGAUACGCAACUUCUCUCUUCAGCUAGACCAUGAGCGCCUCAAGGCAAGCCAGGGAGAUCCUGACGCACUGGGAAGCCUUUUGGUGCAGGAAAGCAGUGGGUUUGGGAUGCCCAGACAGCGCUGAGCACCAGAUUAUGUUUCCUCUUCAUGGUGUGCCUAUGAAGUAAUUAUUGCCUCAUCGCCUGCUCCUUCACUUUUUCUGAAAAACAUGAUAAAACCGGUUAUAAGAGUCGCAGUACCCGGGUCUGACUCCCAGCCCCCUGUUCCGUCCACUAUACCAAACAUGCUCCUCCUCAGGGGUUCCAGCCAAUGGACUUUUCUUUCACGUAAUCGAUACAAUUAUUUCAUUCCCCCCACCACCACCACCCCUUUAUUUGUUGAAAAGAAUAUGCUUAUUGAGAAGCCAAAUAGUACGGAUCAUAUUUCCCCCCUGAGCAAAGCUCUUUUGCAAGUACUUUAUCUGAGGUUGGAGCCAACCUACCCAUGCAAAUGCCGUGAGAAGGAAUCUACCUGGGGGGGUCUUAGUAAUCUUGUUUGAUCGUAGGAAAUGCGCAGUCUGGAUAUAAAGGAGGCCUUGGAACUUUAACGCUGACCCGGAGUCAUCAUAAUACGGGCCCCCUACUGGUUUUACCAGGGUACAGUUGUUGUUCGGCGGUAGAAUUCUGCCUUUAUGUGUGGGCAGCUUGGGUGUGUACAACCUGCACCUGUCAGUGGACAGAGUUGUACAUGUUGCUGAACAGGUUUCAGUGGAGCAUCCAGACCAGAAGAGACUAGGAAGAAAGGUCUGGUGAUCCACUUGUAAAAAUUAGCCCAUAAGAACCUAGGGAUCACAGCAGUCUAAUUCUGUAGUUUGUUGGGUCUCCAUGAUUCGGGGGCUGACUGGAUGGCAGCUAACACCACCACCACCACCCAACACUAUUAUUACCACAAUCAAACGAUGAAAUAAAAACAAUCCCUCCUCGUAUUCUACCCUUCAUAUACAAGAUCUUGUACGUCAAUAAUCAUUUUACCUCAUUCUCACACAUUAGCCUUGUAAUGGGACGUACGGAGGUUCAGAAAAGCCCAGUCACCUUUCGGCGGUGGGUUGACCCAGUGGUAGAGCUGAGACGCUGACCCGGGCCUGGCAGACUGCAAGUCCUCGUUCCUCUCUCUGGCCUCUUCCCUCCAGUGGGGUGAUGGUUUUCCUGAGCUAAGACUUGUCCUAUAAUAAAUCAGUGGAGUUACCUGUGCUGCGUCUGAGAAACAGAGGAGCGCUCACACCCUAAUCUCCAGCCUUUGAUGCCCCCUCCUUCCUCCCUUGGAAAAUCUCUGGAACACACGCUGUGGAGCAAUAGCCGCACUCUUCCGUUGUUGCCCCUUGGUCAAUAGGCUCUUACCCAAUUUUCUAUUGCUCUGUGUUGCUGAAUCUUCCUCAGGCUUAGUCCACAAAAUGACCUGUGCAUCUCGAUUUAGUCAGGCAGUGUGCUAGAUCCUUCUAAAACAGCCCAACCCCAAAUCCACAGCCAUCAAGUUGAGUCUGACUCAUCACGCCCUCUAUAGGGUUUCCCAGAAAAUUACACGGGGCUCCUGCUAAAUGCUUAGGGACAGAGAAACAAGCCCGUGAUUCCAUCUCCCACAGACCUGUCAUCUGAACAGGUAAAGCCAAUAGGCCAGAAAAGAUACCAGAGUCAGACGUGGGCCAGAGAGGUGUGAUGGACGUGCUCCAAGAACUCAGGGAAAGGAGAGACCUCUUCCCUCCCAGCUGGUUGAACUGGGCUUCAAAACGGUCCGAUGUGUGAGGCAGACAGUAGAGGAAUUAAGUCGAAUAAAGCCUCCGAGGGGCAGUGAGUGAUGUUUGGGACAUAAGGUGGUGAGAGCAAGAGUGAACUGAGAGAAGUGGAGAGUGGGAAGCCUCGUGAUGGAAGGAUCGGCAUGCUGGGUGUCUGGAUUCGCCUGGGGAAGCUGCCCAACAUUUGCAUUUGAAAGCUCCGAUGAGCAUGGCAUCCUCUGGGGAGGAUGAUUAAUUUGCCAGGCUGUGCAGUCUAGAUGGGCGGGUCUAGAAGUCCACCGCAGGGAGACCCAGCCGGCUUUCUCAGUGGGGGUCGAUGGCCUUGGGGGUGUGAGAAGGAAAGAAAGCCCAAACUGGGGUCAUCGGAUGCCCGACGGUCACCAUGAAGUUCAACCCGUUCGUGACCUUGGACCGCAUCAAGAACCGCAAACGCCACUUCAAUGCGCCCUCGCACAAGCGCAGGAAGAUCGUGUCGUCCCCACUCUCCAAGGAGCUGCGACAGAAGUAUAGAGUGUACCCCACGUCCAUCCGCAAGGACGACGAGGUCCAGGUGGUUCGAGGACACUACAAAGGCCAGCGAAUCAGCAAGGGGGUCCAGGUGUACAAGCGCGUGCAGCAUGAGAAAGGCAAUGGCGCCGCUGUCCACGUGGGCAUUCCCCCGAGCAAGGUGGCCAGUACCAGGCUGAAGUUGGACAAAGAUCGGGACAAACUUCUUGAACGCAAAGCCAAUUCUCGGCCGGUUGGAAAAGAGAAAGGCAAAUACAGGGAAGAGCUUAUGGAGCAAAUGCAGGAAUGAACGCACGCUGCGUGGAACACAGCUGAGCGGCGGAUGUCUGGCCUGAUGCGUGUUUCUUGGGAACUUUCUUCAAGAUGUGUUUGGAACAUUUCAUUUCCCUCUUGUUCAGCGAUGGAUGUGUGGCUUUGUAACUCCGCCUUUGCCAUUUCGAUGAAUUGUAUGAGUAAAAAUGUGGACUGUUUAAAAAAAAGAAAAGAAGAGAAAUCCCACACUGGUCCAUCUUCAGCACUUAAGGGAACAAAAGGCCAAGAAGUUACCAAGUAACCAGAGCACCCACUGAUAGUUGGUACAACAGUCCCUAGAAGCCAGGCACCUGGGGAAUGGCACCCGUGACUCAGAU